AUGCACCAUAAAGAGGGUCACUUACCUCGACUAGAGUUGCUUGGUGCUUUACUUUGUGCUAGACUCUUAGAUUUUGUGAAGUCUGCCCUCUGUCUCGAUAAGACUGUGACUUAUUGUUGUUGGACAGACUCAAAGGUUGCUCUUGCAUGGAUAAAGGGUAAUCCUUGUAGAUGGAAGGUGUUUGUGUCAAAUAGAGUUGUUGAAAUUCAGAGUCUUACCUCCCCAUGCCACUGGUACCAUUGUCCAGGUAAAGAAAAUCCUGCUGAUCUUGUGUCUAGAGGGGAGUUAGCCGAACCCCUUAUUAAUUCUACUUUAUGGAUAAAUGGCCCUUCUUGGUUGUCUGAACCUUUAACUCUAAGUGAUAAAGGAGAAACUGUAGAGUUACCUGUAGAAGAAAGUUGCAGUAAAGGGAAUAUUUCUUGUGUAUCUGUAAACUCUCCUAAAAUAUUUGAGUUUGAGAGAUGGAGUAACUUCAAUAAGGCACGUUGUGUGGUGGCUUGGGUUAUGAGAUUUAUUAAUAAUGUCCGACCUCAUUCUGUGAAGAUGUCAGGUCCCUUGUCUCCUGCUGAGUUAGCAGUGGCCAAGACCAAAUUGUUCUACUGUGUACAGAGAGAGAAUUUUGUUCAGGAAAUUGCAGACUUGAAAAAGGGUAAAUCUCCUUCAAAGGGUUCUCCUUUGUGUAGGUUAGAUCCCUUUGUAGAUGAUGAAGGCCUGUUGAGAAUUAAAGGACGUUUGGAGAAUGCUAUUUUAAGUUUUGAAAGUCAUGUUGCUAAGCUCUUGGUUCAAUUUCAGCAUAUUUUUCUGAAGCAUGCUGGAGUAGCAACCAUUGUGUCUAUUUUAAGAGGCAGCUACUGGAUUUUGGGAGUCAGGAGAAUUGCUAAAACUGUUUGUAGAAUGUGUGUUAAGUGUAAGAGGUAUGAUUCUAGGGCUUGUAGUCAGCCUGCUGCACCUCUACCAGGAUUAAGAGUUAAGAUUGCUCCUCUCUUCACUGUGACAGGUCUUGAUUAUGCUGGUCCUCUCUUUUGUAUUGAUUUGCCUUCAAAGAAAUUGUACAUUUUGUUGUUUACUUGUGCAGUAGUAAGAGCAGUGUACCUAGAACUAACUGAUUCAUUAUCUCUUUCUGACUGCAUGCUUGCAAUACGUAGAUUUGCAGCACAGAGAGGUCUUCCUUCUGUUUUUUACUCAGAUAAUGCUAAAACAUUUGUGAGUGCAACUCGUCAACUUCAACAAGAAUAUGGACCAUUGUCUCCUCAAUGGAAAUUUAUUGUUCCUUGUUCUCCAUGGAGGGGAGGUUGGUGGGAGCGUUUGAUUAGGUCUGUUAAGUCAGCUUUGAGGAAUACAAUAGGGGUUAAAUGUUUGUCAAAAAUUGAGUUAGAGACCACCAUUCAAGAAAUUGAGGCUUGUGUGAAUUCUAGACCCUUAACAUAUGUUGGAGAUGAACCUGAUGUUUCUAAUCCUUUGACUCUCACAAUUUCUCAUUGGACGUAA